AAUAAAAGGUUCACCAAUUCACCCAAAUUCACCUCACAGUCACAGUACAAAUAUUUCAACUGGCAACAAAACUUUCCUAUCAAUGUCAAAGAAAUUAUUGACAGACAAACUGUCAGUCAUAGGAACUGAUUGUUGAUAGAUUUGUUUAUUUUUUUGUAAAAAGUACUUUUACGAAAUUAUCUCAUGAUCUCCUUCUUGACAAUGAAUCUAACACCUCAGAAAGUUGAUUUGCAAGCGCUGUGCAUAAUUUGUUUACAAAAAGCUAAACACUACAUUAAUCUGUUUUGUAACAACAACGAAUCCAAAGAAACUCUGAACAAAAUAUACCAAUGUUUUCAAGUUACACUAUCUCCUGAUGAAAGUAUACCCUCCUUAAUUUGCGGUGACUGUCUACAUGAACUGAAUGUCGCUAAUAACUUCAGACUCAAGUGUGUUACGCUCAAUGAAAGAAUUGAGUUAUAUUUGAAAGAAAACUUACAAAAAGACAAAAACCAAGUGGAAAAUGGCCAUAGUAACUCUUUAUCAAAUUAUGACGAUGGCCCAGAUUCAGACUCCUGUAUUAAUGACUGUACUGACUUAAAUGUGGUGUGUAGAAAGGUAAAUGAAGUUAAUAAUGGUGAAGAAAAUGUUUUACAAAAAGAAACAGGUAGCUUUAAAUGUAAUUUAUGUCAUAAAGUUUUAAAGACAAGAAUCACACUACUGAAACAUUAUGUAUCAAUGCAUGAGAAAAGAAAACAUAUUGGUAAAGUGUCAGGUUUUGGUGCUGCUAGGAGAUACCAUUGCACAUCAUGCUCUUACUCCACACCUCACAGCCAGACUUUAGUUAGUCAUAUGAGAACCCAUAAUGGAGAAAGACCUUACAGCUGUAAUGAAUGUAGUAAGAGUUUCACACAGUCAUCAAGUCUUGCAGCUCAUCGGAAAACUCACAGUACCACAACUUACUUUACAUGUAGUUUGUGUGGGAAACAGUUUAAACAUGCUUUUACUAUGAAGAAACAUAUGCGGGUUCAUGAAAAUGCAAGCUUCACUUGCAAUAUUUGCCUGAAAACAUUAAAAUCAAAGGAAACUCUACGAGCACAUAUGCAUAGACAUUUUAAAAUCUGUAAUUACAACUGUGAAGAUUGUGGAGCCACAUUUGUAACAUCUGCAGAGUUACAUAAUCACAGAAAAAAACAUAGUUUAGAAAAGAAAUUACAAUGUCAUCUUUGUGGGUAUAAAACACAUACUAAGAAAAACCUGAUUAUGCAUUUGAAAAGGCAUACUGGAAACAGAACAUUUAAAUGUGACAUGUGCCAUGUAGGCUUCUAUACACAGAGCAACCUCAGGCGGCAUUUGAGAGUGCACACUGGUGAUAAACCCUACUCAUGUCCUACUUGCAGCCAGAAGUUUAGUUACAGCCCAAGUCUAAAUAAACACAUGAAAACUAUACAUGGAGUCGACUACAAAUGGGCAGACUGGAAAGAAACAAUAGCAAAGCUUGUAGACAAGACUGAUAUUCCAACUUCAUCAAAAUAAUGCAUUAUAAAUUGA